AUGAGACGGACAACGUCGUUCAGUCCUGGCUGGGCGAUGCAAAAGACUGGUUGRACUUGGAAGCGAAGCAGUUUACUCUGGACGUCGUGGCUCACGUUUCCAGUCGCAUCUUCGGCGGCAAAGAACUCGCCCGCGACAAAGGUUGGGUGGACCUUACGACGCAAUAUACGACCACCGUCAUGGAAGGCGUACACAAGUUACGGAGCGUUACCUGCGAUAUUUCGGCCCAUUGCCUGUCGGUUCAUACCAGAGUGUCGAAAAUCCCAGGGACUGGUUCGAGAAGCACGACGCAUGGCACAACCGCAGGUCGAAAAGCGGAUCAAGAUCCGAGACGAGGCAAUCGCAGCGGGCGCCUCGCCCAAAUCCUUGCCUGACGUGUUCUCGUGGGUGAUGGAAAUGGCAAAGGGACGUCCAAUGUUGUUCGCCGAGGUGCAGCUAGCCAUGUCCCUUGCAGCGGUUCACACGACGACUGAGACGAUCCUGCGCUGCUUGAUGGCUCUCUGCGACCAUCCGGAGCUUCAAGCGUCGCUCCGGAAGGAAAUGGUCGAGGUCCUACAAUCAGACGGCUGGGCGAAGACUGCCCUCUACAGGAUGAAAUUGCUGGACUCGUUCAUCAAGGAGUGCCAAAGACUGGCACCAUUGGCGACUGUAUCGAUGAUGAGAGUCGCCGAGAAGGCAGUCGUCCUAUCCGACGGCACCGUGCUCCCCCAGAACAGCUUUAGCGCAGUCAUUGACAAUUCAGGGCGGGACAACAACAUCUUCGAGCGACCCGAAAAGUUCGACGCCUCACGAUUUCUCAAAAUGAGAGAACGACCUGGGGAGGAGAACCAACACCAACUUGUCGCCACCUCUACGGAUCAUCUGGCUUUCGGCCAUGGUAUCCACGCUUGCCCAGGUCGGUUCUUCGCGUCCAACGAAGUAAAGAUCAUUUUGUGCUUCCUACUCAUUCAAUAUGAAUGGCGAUAUGUACCGGGUCAAGAACGAUUGCCUUUUUAUGAGUUCGAGACAACCCUCAUCGCCAAUCCUGCGACGAAAUUGCAAGCUAGGAAACGCCAAGCCGAGGUGGAUGUCUUGCAGCCGAUGGCAUAA